AUGCCGGAUAAUUCCGAGGAAGAGCAACUUAAAGCUGCACUAUGGUUUGCGGUGGGGAAAAUGGUUGAUGAAGAGACCCUGAGAAGGAACAGAAAUGUCACUCCCCAGUUCAUCGGUGCUUUGACAGAGAUGGUCUGGGCUCAAAUAGAGAACGUGGCCCUGGAUCUGGAGAACUUUAGUCGCCAUGCAGGGCGCACUACUAUCAACACAGACGACGUCCUACUGCUGGCCAGACGAAAUCAAGACCUACACGCUAUCAUCAAGGAUUUCGUAGACAAGCAAAAAGCAUCUAAGGCAAAGGGCAAAUCAAAAAGAUGA